CAAAACAUUAGAAACAUCCUAUACCAGAAGAUCUCCUUCGACUCCAGUUAGUCGAAGUCCAUAAAGAUAAAGUUUGACUCUGAACAUGGGGAUUCAAACAUAGGAGGAUAAAUCACCCUCUUUUGCAAAAUAGAAGAAGAAAGAUCACCAGAAAGGCCCGCGGUUGCUUCGAGUUAAAGACCGCGCUCGGAUAAGGACGGUCCCGUCCCUUCCCGUUACUGUGACCUUUUCACGCUAUGGGCUCAGAACAUUCCACGCAACUGCCGGGAACAGCCGCCGACGGUGCCCUGCGCACAGGCAGCCUACAUCGCCACUCGACGGCCAACCCCACCGCGUCCGGUACGUCCUCGUCGACGCCUGGGCGCUCCGGGCUGGCGGGAGGCGGUAGCGGCGGCAAGCUGCAACGCGGCAACACGAUUGCGGUCACUGGCACGACACCGGGCGGCGGGGUGGACGAUGGCUACUCCACCUCAUCCGUCACACCGUCCUCGGCGUACAUCUGCGACUCGCGGCCCGUCUCGCCACCCAUGAGCGUUUGCUCCGAUUCCGACUUGCCCUACAUCUCCUACACAGACAAACCGAUCGGUGAUUCACCGAAGCUGCGCAACAAGCAGCAGGCGAAGCAGACCAAAUCACGCCCAAACAGUGCGAUUAUCAUGGGUAGAACGUCACAACAGCACCAGCCCCACCACUACCAGCAACAUCUCACCCAGCAGCUGGAGGGCAGGGGUGGCAAGGGUCGACCCACAACCGCACCGAAUGGUGGCGGUGGAAGCGGCGGGGCGCACAGCAUCGUGGUGGUGAAGUCGGCCGCCGCCCGGGACGUUGGCAUCGAGAAGGAUGACGACAUCGUGCGACUGCAGAGCGUGCCGAUGUUUCUGCCGGUGAUGCGCGGCACGCUGACGCUGCCGGCGAACCGCGACCCGGAAGUGAUGGAGCGGCUGCAACCGACCCAUCUGAUCAACAUGUGCAGCCGGCUGCAGUCACACUUUAACACGUGCGCGGUGCACGUGUCCUCGGAGCAGCAGCAGAUAACGAACCGCAUCAAGGAGGUCGACCAGGAAGUGUCGAGCGCGCUGGCCCAGCUGGUGCAGAAGCAGAAGCUGUACACGUCGUACGCGGAAACGUUCUCGAAGGUGCGCCAAAUCUCCCAGCAGCUGACGCGCUGCAACGACAUACUGAACCAAAACAUCGAGAGCAUGGAGUAUCUGAACAAUCUGCUCAGCGUGGAGGACCGGCUCGAGCCGUUCGUGUGGAAGACGGAGUAGUGGUUUAGGGGAAUAGCGUUUAAGAGCAAGGAAAGCGCAAGGCAAAACGGCACAUAUGGUGGGCGGGUGGUGUAACUCUAGUCGUGCUCUGCAGUGCAAUAAGCAGCCAAAACAGUGUGGCUCAAUGCUUAUCAAUUUAAUCAGUUGUAUUGUAUUGUUGUUUAUUGAAAAGAUAUUGACCGGAAAGCUGUCUUCCGGUUAUUCCUUAUCACUUAUAAUUACCCUAACUCUUAAGACUAGCAAUAAAUAAUACAUAAAGCACCGAA